CUCAUCGUCACAUUUUAACAACGGUUUGUCUUCCUAAUAUACUAUUACUUCGUUUAUUGCAAGUUAACCUUCAUCUGUUUUACCAUGAAGAUCAUCGUUCUUCUUCUUAGCCUUGUUGCUGCAUCAUCGGCUUACAGCCUCAGUAAAGACCACGGUAAGAUAUGCACCCUGUGUAUCGCUACUUUGGAGGAAGUUAAAUCUGCUGCUACCAGCGAUGAAGUAGAGAAUCUCUGCACAGAAGUAGCAGUGACAGUGUGUGCGGUUAUGCCCAAGGCACACCGUGAUGACUGUAAAAAGUUCGUCAGCAGUUUUAUGGAAGAAAACUUCAAUAUAAUCAGAGAGUUUACGAAGAUCUGGGGACCCGAGGAUAUUUGCCAGAUGGUCAUGCUCUGUCCUAAAGAUAAUGUGAGUGCAGUGGAAGGUAAGGUUUGCACCGUGUGUACUGACUCAGUAGCCAUGGUCAGAUUCCUCCUUACUGACCCUAACCUGGAAACAAUGAUCAAAACUUACGUCGAGACUGCCUGCUCUGUAACCGGCUCCCUCGCUCCUCUGUGUAUGAGAGAAGUUGGUCAGCUAGUCGAUCUUGUAUUCUCUGAGGUUAAAACCAUGUUCGACAAUCUCAAAGAUGAAGAUAUCUGCAAAGCUGCACACAUGUGUGCUCAUGACGGAACCGUUCUCUACCAGCCCUUCUCUGCGGCUGUCUCCUCUCCCACACCAACUAUGUGCGAUGCUUGUACUGCAACUGUCAACGAAAUUGAGGCUUUCAUGGCUAUGGAUGAGCUGGUGAAGCUUAUGGAAGAUGUCAGUAAAAUUGCCUGCACUUUCCUUCCCAUCGAACAUUUGACUGACACGUGCGAGGAAAUGACUCAAGACUUUCUGGAUGAGUUCUUCUUCAACCUCAAACAGUUCAUGAACGAUUUUGAUGGUCUCAAGAUCUGCCAAAUGGCCCACGUCUGCGCAAGCGAGGACGUGUUCACGUCCGGACUAGAGCUCUCGUCCGUCAGCCCUCUGUGUGACGUGUGUGAGGACUUCCUCCAUCUUACCCGGACAGCUAUGACUAACCCCGCCCUUGAAACUGCCGUAAACGCGGACGUCAAAGUUGCUUGUGCUUUCACUGGAUUCUUCCACAAAAAGUGUGAAUCGUAUGUUGAUGCGUUCACUGAUGCUAUUUUCGGAGAAGUCAGGGACACUUUCGAAAAGUUUGAUGAUCACAAAACUUGUGUCCUUUUCAAAUUCUGCGAAGAUACCGGCAACAAGACAACUGUGUGUGAUGUUUGCAUGGAUUCAUUCGGCGAGGUGUCCGAGUUCAUGAUUAGUGAGAACCUGAGGAAACUGGUGACAGAUGGUGUUGAUCUAGCCUGUAGAGCUUCAGGACCCCUCAGCAGAAUUUGCAAAGAAGAAGCCAAUAAAGUGAUCGAUAUCAUAUUCGGUGUCAUUGACAAAGUUUUCGAGAUUGAGACAGCAGAGAGAUUCUGUGGCCAAAUCCACCUCUGCAAAAGACCAGCUCUCUUUUAGAAAUCUUCUGAUCAAGAAUAAAAAGAUAUUCAGUGGUAAUGGAGAAACAAAGACGACCGCUCAAUGAAUACUCUUUUUUGGCUGUAUUGAAGAUGGAACAAUGUUUUUAAAAAAGGAUAAUUGACUGAACUUUCAGUUUUAGAUUAUUUUUGGGUUCGAUUCCUCAGUAUCUAUGAUUAGAUUUGUAUUCUUUUCGGGAUCUCUUUUAAUCAUUGAGACAAAUUUGUGGUAUUCUAAGUUUAUUUAUCAUUUAUAUUACUAAAAAUAA